GCUUUAAAUUAAAUGUCAGAAGUCGAUGCUUGAACUGCUAGAGUUGUCCGGUAAACGAGCGUAGAAUUUAAAAUUUCAAACAAGAUAAUUGUGGAUUUUUAUAUAAACUUUUACUAUUAGCUAUGGAACCUAUGGCUUUGGGUAGCCCCACACAUUCUCCUUCAGGAAGUCCAAACGUGGGCUACUUGCCUCCUUUUUUGUUAGGUGAAAUAAAUCCCCCAACUACACCUCGAACGAACAGCUUAUCACCAACAAAGGGAAGAAGUCUUGCUUUUGGUUCACCAACAAGUCCAUCUCAGACUUCCACGCCCGAUCAAAAAGUUUAUCGUCAGAGUAUGUUAAUGCACCAACAAGCAAUAUAUAAUCAACAACACGUAUUUUCAAACAUUCCAUCCUCACCCAAUGUUUCAUUCUCUACCAAACCAAGUGGACCUCCUAUUGAAGACCUAUUUGAUACUAUAAAGUCUGAACCGUCAAUCAAUAAGUCACUUUUUCAAGAUCACAGCUUUGUUGGUUAUGGUAACAACAAUUCAUUUCUACAGAACUCAAAUGUAAAUAAUGCUUCAUUAAAUAAUCAUUCUUUGACGUCACAAUGGCAAGAUGGAUGUCAAGAAAUAGAUGAAUAUUGGAUCACAGUGUUUGGUUUUCCUCCAAAUGCUGCAAAUACUGUACUAGCCAGAUUUAGCAAUUGUGGAGCUAUUUUAGAUAAGCAAUACCCAACUCAGGGCAACUGGGCGCACAUCAGGUAUGCUACUAGAGCAGAGAAAGAGAGAUCACUAGCUUUAAAUGGGAGACAAAUAUUACCUGGUAUCAUGGUGGGAGUUGUUGAAUGUAAAGAUCCACCGAGGAUAAGUGCUCCAAGCCCUGGUGCAUUCCCAGAAAGACAAUCAACUCAAGCAAGAUCUCUCUGUCCUACUCCAAUGUCACAAGCCCCAGUGCCACAAAGGUCAAGUGGACUGAUAUCCAAAGCAUUGGACUAUGUUCUCAGUUGGUGACAUAUAAUCAAAAUGGAAGUCUUUACUAUACAUUAACCAGUCUUAAAAAAACAACCCUGAACAGAAAAAAAGUUAGGUUGUAAGUAGCUUUUUAGGUUUAUUCAAGAAUAUGGGAAUUUCAAAUAAAUUUAAAUAUUUUCAUUUCAAUUAAAAAGUAUUUAUUAUUGACAAUAUGAAUUAGUUGCUAAUAACCAAAUUUUGUGAUAUCUUUCAUUUUGGGUUGUCAUAAUUUUGGAUUAAAGUCAUUUGACUGGCUUUCAUGAUAAAAGUCUUUAUACUUUAGGGACAGGAACCCUACUGAUACAAGAAAACAAAUAGUUAGUUACAAAAUUCAAUUUAAUAUGGAACAACUUAAAUCCUACUUCAUGAAAAUCAGACAUAAAUUAGUUAAACCUAGAAAAUUUAAAUUU